UCACCUAAACCGCCUCCCCGUCACCAGCAGCCAGGACUGACAGUGUGAGCGGCCAUCCCCGUGGCCACGGCGCAAACCGAGCCCUGGCUCCGGUGCCGUCUCCCUGCUCGUCUUCACCUUCGCCUCGACCUCCUCCUCCUCCUCCUCCUCCUCUCCCGGCUCCGGCUGUUGCUGCACCGCUGCUGCGGCUCACAACUUCCAGAGGCUCUCGUCUCCGGCACAACAAGUCCGCCCUCCGGUACCCGGACCGGGAUGCUCGUCUCGCUCGCCGUAAAUGCAAUGUGAUAAAUGGGCCGCGCAGGAUGUGAAGCCCCGCCAGAAGAAGCAGGAGGAUGGCCAAACCGGACCUGUCGUCUGCGGCGGUGCUGCUGCUGCCGCUCCUGCUGGGCUCCUUCCUCUCGCCGUCCUCCGUUAACGCCGACGCAGUACUGUCAGCUCCGCUCAAUGUGACCAUCAGAGAGCUGGAGGUCAACUCGGCAGUGGUAACGUGGGAGAUCUUGGAGGGAGAUCCCGUCAUUGGAUUCGCCAUCACCCAACAGAAGAAGGAUGUGCGGAUGUUGAGGUUCAUCCAGGAAGUCAACACCACCACCCGCUCCUGUGCCCUGUGGGAUCUGGAUGAGGAUACUGAAUACAUCGUCCAUGUCCAGAGCAUUAGCAUGGGAGGCAGCAGCCCCCUAAGCCAGCCUGUCCUCUUCAGAACACCAAAAGAGUCGGAGAAAAUGGCGUCCAAGAGUCCUGACGAGGUGACGAUGGAGGAGGUUGGUCAGGCAGCCCAGCUGAGGGCCGGAGAGCUCAUCAUCAUUGUUGUGGUGCUGGUCAUGUGGGCAGGGGUGAUCGCCUUGUUUUGUCGUCAGUAUGACAUUAUCAAAGACAACGAGCCCAACAACAACAAGGACAAAGCCAAGAACUCCUCAGAGUGCAGUACACCUGAGCACCCACAAGGGGGGUUGCUGCGCAGCAAUGUCUAGGACCAACCUUCUGUCGCCUUCUGCAAUAACCAACCUAAGACCUCAGGACGGACCCUGAGACCAACAGAAAGCCAUUCUCAGAAAAAAAAACCCAUUGAAGAACAGAUUAAACCACUAAAGGAAUCUUGUCGACACAAUGGAGAGCCCUACAAACUUGCAAGAGCAAAGGCUCCAAGCAGCCAAAUUGGUUGCAGCAGACAGAAAAACUGAUUUUGUUGCAUCCAAAACCCGGACUGUAGCCUUCUUUCCUGCCGAUGUACAGCGGACUCUUGACGAGAGCUGUCUAAUUCAUAUGUUGUUGUUUCUUUUUUACUCCUCAUUGGUAGCAUGGAAUCCUGGAUGUUAAUUAUCAAACGUGAAUGUCGAUUUACCAUCUGGACAACGGCUCAAAGGUGUGGGAACUCAUGAUCAGCUAGUCCAGGUAUUAGUCAGCACACAACUAUAGCGCUCAUGUUUCCUCUCUGUCCAUCUGCAUUAUUUCCUGUCUGUCUUUGUUCCCGCUCUCUGUGGAGCUGCUCAUCUCUCUCCUCGUCUCUCUGUGUUGGUGUCGCUCUUAUAAGCACAUUGCCGUUUGGUGCUCCUCUUACUGUGAUUGCUCGAACCCUCAACAGUCCCAGCCUUGAUUGCGGUAUGAGUUUUAUCCCUGGGUCACAAGUAUUGCAUGACGAGUGUUGUCUCCAACUUCUAUCUCUCUCGUCACCAUCAGUUAAAUGAUGCAACUGUUCUUUCGCCCCAGUAACUGGAACUUUAAACUCCCUCAUUAGUUCAGCGUUUCAGGCCUUGACGGGCUUAUUACCCCCGCCUAUUUUUUUUGCCAGCGCUGUGAUGAGUGUGUAUCGCUAUGAUUCAUGGAGAGUUCAAGGAUUGACAAGGAGACUCUCACCCACUUCUGAGUUAUCGUCACUUCUGACUGAAAAAUGACCAGGCCUGCGCGCCUAGCCAACUUUUAGAAAGACGUUGCAGCAGGGUUCGGGAUCACAUCGAGCCUUCGUUGUUCGUCACUGCAUAUUCAGCACCAUAUGCCGUUUGUAGUCUGCAGCGGGACGAGCAGGGAAUAUGGAUGGGGCAUUAUCCCCUAAUGCAAUGCAGAAUCUGGCCGCAUUUCCCGUGUGGUUUGGCCGAAGACCAACAGUGAUGCCAGGAAGUGAAGGCCAAAGGAGGCACGCUCAGUGGUGGGUUCUAUCCUGGAGCUAGAUUUGUCACUGAGCGCAAGGCUCACUGAGUCCCAUUUCCACACUCAGAAGGGGAAUACUACAUUAAGUAGGACAGAAGUUUGACAGAACAAGAAUCCAUCCAGUGCAAGGGUGACUCUACUGCCGAUGAUCCAUAAAUUUAAACCCCAAAACAGAAAGACAGCUAGAUUAAAACCUUAUUGAUGGUCCAAUACACAGUGUCAGCCUUUUAAUGGCAAAUGGUUUUAAAACCCUAAAAAUACAUUCAUUCAUUAUCGUAGGAGCACAAUCUCACAGAAAAAUCUAGAAUGCUGGUGAAUUGCUUCUGUGUUUAUUGGGCCACAUGUUUUAGUUUAUUCUUCUGUUAAAAGACCUAAUGACAACUCAUUUUCAGUUCACUGGUAACAGCCACCAGAUUUGGAUUUAAACUACCCUAAUUUUUAUAAAUUCCCCCAAUGUUUAAGCUAGGUUCCCGGGGUCUUAAAGGGGCCAUGACAACAAAUGUAAUUUUACUGAGGUUCUGGGGGUAUAAUAUGGUCUGUUGUGCACUGAUUAGGCCAUGUGAAUGUCAGAAGUUAGCUGGUGCCUCCCAGCUGCUUAAGCGCAGCCACAGUGAGUUCCCGGCGGUCCCGGUCGAUGUGGCUGUAUGUUUCGGUCCCACUGUGUUGAAUCGCGCAACCACUUUAAAGCCUUUGGUCAACUUGGAUUCGCCUGUCCGACAUCCUGCAACACAAACACUUCAGCCAGCCAUAAAAAACAUAAUAUUAAUAAGUGAAGGAGUGUUGCGCUGAGAAGAGAGGGGUGGA